AAAAAAAAAAAAAAACCUCGCUCCCACAAACUAACCAGACCCCCCCCCCUCCUUCCAUCCCACGCACGCCGCAAAGCUCUCAGCAAUCCGGCUCUCGAUUGUCACUUAAUUGCGAUCCUACCCCUCGCUCUGCAACUUCCUCAUCUUCCGAAAAUGCCCUUCCAUCGUCGCGUUUGACUUCUUUUCCCGUAACACCCAACAAGAUGGAAUGGCUGGUUUCUAUUAUGUGAAACGGCUCUUCUUUUCUUCGCCCGGUUUCUUCCAUAAGAUUCCGUUGUCAUUUAAUUGUUGAAGAAAUCUAAGCAAUCAAACUGUUUUGAUCACCAUAUCUUGCGAGAGUUUGGAAAUUUUGAUGCCACAAGCUAUUUUCCAUAAGUAUUGUAAAUGGAGCUGAAAGUUUCAACACUAAAGACAGGUGGUCUUUCUCCUGCUGAUUGCAUUAGCGAUCCUGAGGAGAAGGAAGUCAGUGAUGAGGAUGAUGAUGAUCGCAACCAUAAGCAUCGUAGACGGGAGAUACGUUCUCAAUCUUUGGAGAGAGAUUCUCUGGAACCAGUUUUCACAAGGCCAUACAGGAAGCGUAACAAACCAUUUGAAAAUGGGCAAUUUUACCAGGAAAAUGACUAUAACUCUGUUCCUCUUGAGAAAGGCUUUGCCACAAAGUUUGAAAGAAUACGACCUGGCUUGGUGUCAUUACCUCGAAUGCCUGUGGAUUGGAAUCAAAGAAUCAGGUCAAACCAAACAUUUUAUGGAGAUCCUGGUCUUGGCAGGGGAAGAGGAAGGGAGCCUGUUUCUUGGAGCCAACAUGAUUCUAGGUUCAGCCCAGUUGACAUUGCUUCUCAAAUGGUUCACCAGGGGCAGAGCCUCUUUACUGGGAGGGGUUUGGCAAAUGUUUCAAAUGCGCAGAGUGCAUCCUGGAAUGCAUAUGGUUUAUUUCCAGGAAUACCAAAUGGUGGCCUGGAUAAACUCCGUCCCAUUGGUUUGCAAGCAACUCUCAGACCAGCAGUAACUUCUUCAUUGAACAUGGGCAUUCCUCAACAAAGGUGUAGAGACUUUGAGGAGCGUGGAUUUUGUCUAAGAGGGGACAUGUGUCCAAUGGAGCAUGGUGUCAAUCGUAUUGUUGUUGAAGAUGUUCAGAGCCUUUCACAGUUUAAUCUCCCUGUUUCACUUCCACGUGCCCAACUAGUUGGAACAACUGCUAGACCGGGGGCUCUACCAACUGUUGGUGCCCCUUCAGCCACAUUGAUAAAUAGCAAAGGAAUGCAUAGCAAAUGUAACAAGCCUGGAAUAGUCAAUGCUGGAUUGGGCUUCAAUGGUGCACAUACUGGUUCUGCUAGUGUGAGUGGAGGAGACUUGUAUGAUCCAGAUCAACCCCUGUGGAAUGACAGUGUUCCUGAAACUUCAAGUGCACUCAUAGCACCACAUUCACCUAAAAUUGAUGAAAUUGAAUCCAUGAUAAGUAUUGAUUCUUUUGAUCACAAUCAUGUCAGUUUACGUGGUGGUGCUGAUAAUGAAUGCCCAAUUAGAAGCACUGGGAUUGCUGUGCAUUCAGAGAGUUUGAAUUCUUCUGUUUGGGGUAAAGUCAGGGCUUCGAACAAUAGAUUACAUGUGAAAGAGAAAACCGAUUUGACUGUAAGUAUGUUAAAUAAUAUGGAGAGUGAGUCCAAGGAAAAUCAGGGUGCAUUAGCCAAUGUUCGUGGUACUUCCCGUCAAGGAAAACAAAUUAAUUUUGAGGAUUCUAGCGCAAAAACCAUAGAUUCACCUGCCAAGACACAAAGCAACACCAUGCGCCACACACCAAAACCAUCUCAAAAGGCACUGCGUACACUAUUUGUCAAUGGCAUUCCACAGAAAAGCAACAAAAGAGAGGCUCUACUUUCUCAUUUUCAAAAAUUUGGAGAGGUUAUUGACAUUUAUAUUCCAUUGAACACUGAGCGAGCAUUUGUUCAAUUCUCAAAAAGGGAAGAGGCAGAAGCUGCUCUAAGGGCACCUGAUGCUGUAAUGGGCAACCGUUUUAUCAGGCUGUGGUGGGCUAAUCGUGAUAGCAUUCCUGAUGGUGGCGCUGGCAGUAGCAAUAGUGUAUCUGUCACACCCCGGGGUGUGACUUCUACUUCAUUUCCACCCCAUCUGCCUAUUGGUAACAGUGGAAAAGAUAAUCUUCAGUUGUCUGUUUCAAAGGCUACUGCUGUUCCUCCCUCUGUUGCUCCUGUCCCUGCCAUCGAUCACUCUAAGGUCAUCACGACAAAUGUUCCAAAGGUUCCACCUCCUAUGCAGAAGCUAGAGAGUUUAGAACAAUUGAAGGAGGAGCUGCGCAAGAAGCAGGAGCUGCUGGAUCAGAAGCGGAAUGACUUUCGGCGUCAGUUGGACAAGCUUGAGAAACAAGCUACAGGAGUCAAGGGUGAGGUAACAGCAGAGCCUGCUUCAAAGAGACACAAAACUGGAAUACCAGCAUCUGAUAUUGUCAAAGCUGCUACUCCGAGGUCUGCUGAUCCAGGUUCUGCGUCCCCACAUGCUGAAAUGGUGGAUAAGAACAAAACAGUGGAGAAUGUUGUGUCAUCUAGUAGCAAAACAUGUGUAAUGAUGGCUCUGCAGGAUUCUGCAGGCUCAAAGCCAUCAAUUCAUCCUUUAGCACCUGUUGGGCCUCCUUUUCUGAUGAAUAAAUACAAGUUGGACAACCGACCUACAGCAUUCAAAAUUAUUUCACCUUUACCAGCUGGUUUGGCAAAUGUUGCUACUUUAAAGGAAUAUUUCUCAUCAUAUGGCGAUCUUUCUGCUGUGGAACUAGAAGAUGAGCCUAGUGAUUAUGAUGGUGUUGGAUCUGAGACACUGAAAAAUUGUUCAGCUUGUGUGACUUUCACAACUCGCCGAUCAGCUGAGAGGGCUUUCCUAAAUGGUAAAUGUUGGCAAGGCAAGAAUUUGAAGUUUGCGUGGCUGACAUCUAGCACUUCUAGCAAUGAGCCGGGAAGUGGACAAAAUUCAUUUGCUCCCAAUUGUCUUGUAGAUACUGAUCAGUCUGUUGAAAAACUAGCUUGUUUGGAUUCCCAGGAAGCUUCUGCAUCAGGAAAUGGAGGACCAGAAAAUUCAGAGAUAAAUAAUGGUACUGGCCCCAUAGAGUUGCAUGAAGCUCUCCAGUGCCAUUCAGCCUCAAUAUUAGGUGAGGCAGAGUCACCGAAAUGUGAGCCUAGUCCAACAUCAAUAUCUCAUGAGAAAGAGUCAACAAAAAAGGACCCUAGUCAAACUGCAAUGUCAGAGAAAGAGACCCCCGAAGGCAUUGUCUGGUGAUGGGUUGAUUGACAGACUUGUACAGUGAGGUAAUUUACUUGAAGAUGAACCACUGGAAACCAAUAAAGAAGCUGAAACUACAAACUUCACCAAACUAGAAAGCAGCCCCACCAGUUUUAAACUUCCAAAGGAAUGGAACUUCUCCAAGAAUCAUCCUAAGCAACAAAUUAUUAGUGAUUUUGAACAAAGGACUCAAACAAAAGUUGUGAUUAGGAAUGAAGUAAAUAAUAUGGCCCUUCUUUCUCAACCAGAGCCCAAAAAGUUGAAAAAGCUCUUAUUGAUGAAAACUGGAUAGAAGCCAUGCAAGAAGAACUAUUGCAAUUUGAAUAAAAAAAGGUUUGGACUCUUGUACCUAGACUUGAAAAUAAAUUUGUUAUAGGCAUUGAAUGGAUUUUUCAAAACAAAUAUGAUGAAAAUGGUAUCAUAAUUAGACAUGAAGUUAUAUUAGUAGCUCAAAGUUAACGAUAAGAGGAGGGAAUAAAUUUUGAUGAUUCUAUUGCACUAGUAGCUAGGUUAGAAUCAAUUAGAAUGUUAUGUGCUUUUGCAACAUAAAAAAACAUGAAGUUAUUUCAAGUGGAUGUUAAAUCAAUAUUUUUGAAUGGUUUUCUAAAUGAAGAAGUGUUUGGUGAACAACCCGGCUUUGGAAAAUUUGAUUUUAAAAACCAUGUUUACAAGUUAUCUAGAGCCGUGAAUGGUUUAAAAUAGGCUCCUAGAGCUUGGUAUGAAAGGCUAAGUGGUUUUCCAAAAGAGGAACUUGCACUACUCUUUUCAUAAUUUCUAAAGCCUGGUAUGAUCAAGAUUUCAUACUCGUACAAAUCUAUGUUGAUGACAUAAUUUUUGGUGCCUCAAAUGAAAUUUUGUGUAGAAACUAGAAACUUUGCUAACAGUAUGUCAAAGGAGUUUGGAAUGAGCUUUAUAGGAGAACUAAACUAUUUUCUUGGUCUGACCAUAAAACAAACUAAAGAUGGCAUAUUUAUUCAUCAAACAAAGUAUACUCUGAAUCUAUUGAAAUGAUAUGGCCUUGAGAACUUAAGAUGCCAACACACACUUAUGUCAAGUUUCAUAAAGCCAAAUCAAGAUGAAAAAGGUAAGGUUGUUGAUGUAAAAUUAUAUAAAGGUAUGAUUAGGUGUUUGUUGUAUUUAACAAUAAGCAAGCCUAAUGUAAUGUACAGUGCGUGCGUGCAUGUUUUCAAUCUAAUCCCAAGGAAAGUCAUAUAGUUGUUGUUAAAAGGAUUUUCAAGUACUUAAAUGGUACUACUAAACUUUGUCUAUGGUAUCCAAAAUCUGCUAGUUUUGAAUUGAUAGGAUAUAUAGGCUCAGACUUUCCUAGAAGUUCAAUAAGUAGGAAAAGCACAUCUGGAGCAUGUAAAUUUCUAGGACAAUCACUAGUUUCUUGGAGUAAAAAACAACAACACUCAAUAGCCCUAUGUGCACAAGUUCUUUAGAUUAAACAUCUACUAGUCUUCGGAAUAAAGGUAAGCAACAUUCCAAUUAAAUGUGAUAAUACUAGUGCCAUUAAUAUUUCAAAAAAUCCCGUGCAUCACUCUUGGAGUAUGUUUGGCAGUGUGGUUGUAGUUGUUUUUCAAAUAAUUUUUCGUGCUGAAAUGCAUGUCAAUGAUUUUUUUUAUUUUUUAAAAAUUAUUUUUGACAUCAGUACAUCAAAACGAUCCAAAACAUACAAAACAUAUUAAAUUUUAGUAAAAAAAAAAAA